AUGGGUGAUGUCGACGGAGAAAACUCAGCACAGUGGGCGAUUGAUCUUCUAACCCCUUACAAGUAUAAGCAACCUUUUUACCAAGCUUACGGUCCUGAAAUAGGAGGUGGUGUUUGCGGUUUUAUAAUCCAGUGUUUGGAGAAUAAAGGGUAUCAACCAAGUUUUCUCAAUAUUCGUAAGCAUAUUAAGUACUGCUUAUUUGGCAUCGUAGCAGGGCACAUUUUGAAGAAAGUUAUGUACUACAGGGCUGAACUCCGUGAUGCGUCAAUGAUAGAUUAUAUUAAACGUCAUCCAGAACGUUUUCCUCCUCCACCAGAAAAACCGCUGUACAGAGAUACAUUUGAACCCUGGUUGCCAAUUCGUUGA